AUGGAGGCUCAGAUCAGAAAACUGAAGAUGAGGAAGGCCCCCGGCCCAGACGACAUCUGCGCCGAGCACCUCUCACAUCUGGGCCCCGCGGCGCGGGGAGCCAUCCUGGCGCUCAUCAAUCGCUCAUGGGACACUGCGCUCAUCCCCUCGACCUGGAGAAGGGCAACGAUCAUCCCGAUUCCUAAAGCGGGCAAGAACCCGGGCUCGGUAAGCAGCUACCGCCCUAUCAGCCUCACCAGCCACCUGGCGAAGCUGGCCGAGAGAAUGGUGGCUGCUAGACUGACCUUCGUGGCGGACAAGAAGCACCUGAUUCCGCCCGAACAGGUUGGUUUCCGACGAGGCCGAGGCGCAGAGGAGAGCCUUGCCAGACUGAUCCAGACUGUUCAAGACGGCUGGAACCGGCCGAAGCCACGAGGACGCCCGAAAGAUGGUACUACGGCCGAUAAGUUCGUCCUCCUGGCUUUCGAUUUCAGCCGCGCCUACGAUACCGUCGAUCACCGAAUGCUCUACUCGAAGCUCCUCCAUCACCUCCCGAGGUGUAUGGCCACGUGGGUGUUCGGCUUCCUGAGGGACCGCCGGGCCAGAGCUGAGGUGAACGGGGUGCGCAGCUCGGAGCGCCCGUUCCGCGCGGGCCUGCCACAGGGGUCGGUCCUGGCCCCUACCCUCUUCACCCUCUGGUCCGCCGACCUCAUCGAGGACCUCCGUCGCGUCUCCAGGACGUCCGUAUUCGCCUACGCGGACGACACGGCGACCCUGAGCGCGGGCGCCACGAUGCCCGAAGCUACGGCCAGAGCGCAGCAGGCAGCGGACACCCUUGCGGGGUGGGCGCGCCGCUGGAAGAUGAAGAUCGCCGGCCACAAAACGCAAGCCCUCGUCCUCUCCCAGUGGAGUAGAGAUGCCGUCGACUUCAAGCUCAGAGUUGAUGGGGCUGAAGUCAAGGGAAGCCCCCACUUGAAGCUCCUCGGCAUCACACUGGACAGGCUGCUUCACUUCGGCGAGCACUGCGCCAGCCUGAGGAGGAAAACCAAACCCCGGAUCGCCCAUCUGCGCUCCAUGACGAACCGGUCGUGGGGUCUGCAGGAACAGCAGCUCCGGACUGUGGCAAACGGCUACAUCAGAGGAGCCCUCGAGUACGCGGCAUCGGCAUGGCUACCCGCCACGCCUCCUGGACACGUUGAGCAGCUGGACCGCGAGCUGCGAUCGGUGGCUCGUGUGGUGACCGGCUGCACACGCUCAACCCCGGUAGCACCGCUCAUGGCGGAGGCCGGACUGCCAGCCGCUCAGACCGCCGAGAACCACCUCGCCACCUUCCCAGAAGCUGCCGCCUGGAUCUGGAGCGAUGGUUCGGCGGAGAGCGGCACGACAAAUGGCGGCGGCGGCGCCCUGCUCACACUCAAAAACGGGGAGACCAGGGAGAUCAGGGUCGCUGCAGGACGCCUGUGCUCCAGCACCCGCGCCGAACUAUGCGCCAUCAAAGCGGCGCUGGAGGAGGUCAGCAACCUAUCAGGCGCCCUGGCGGAAGGACCCGUGGUCCUGUGCACCGACUCCCAGGCGGCACUGUCCCUGUUGGCCGGAGGUGCGGGAUCGCAGACCACCCCGAUGGGAGCGGCGAUCUGGGCUCUGCUGCUAAGCAUCUCCGCCAGACACCAAGAGGUGAUGCUGCAGUGGGUGCCCGCGCAUUGCGGUAUCCCCGGAAAUGAGAAGGCGGAUGAGCUGGCAAGGGAAGCAGCCGGCCUCCAGCAGGAGGCGCCAGCGGACGUCCGCACCAUCACAGGCGCCGUGGCCAGGACGGCUGCACAGGCAUGGCGCAGGUCAUGGCCGGACUCUUUCUUCCGGCGCAUUUGGGAAGACCGGAUGCCGAGCCCGGUCUCCGGCGUGAGCAGGAGCGAGGCGGUGGACGUCCAUCAACUGAGGGCCGGUCACUGGGGUAUGGCCCGCCAAUACCUCCACCGCAUCGGCCGCCUCCCGACGAACUCGUGCCCCGGCUGCCCAGAGAAGGGCUGCCCAGCGGCACGAUGCAUCGUGUGCAAGGAAGAGGCGGAUACACCGGAGCACGUGCUGCUCCGGUGCCCGAGCCUCGCUGGCCUCCGCCUUCGGCUGCUCGGCAACAUCCACGCGGAACCUGCGCAGCUGCGCGACGGCGACGUCGUCGCGGCCUUGGCCCGCGGCUUCAGGCGCCAUCUGGAGCCGCUGGCUGACGGGCGACCCUAG